AUGAAUGCCGCGGCGACCGAAGAUCAGAACAAGGGAGUUAAAUCUGUCGCUGAAGACGGCGAACAGGGAGACGUCAUAGACACGUGCAAGGACGAUGUCGAAGCCGAUGACGCCCAGCAGCAAAGAGAGGCCUCCACCACGUCGGAAGACGAGGAAGCAGUCGAACCCCAUGUCGCCGCCCUGAGGGAAACGUACACGCACGAAAAAUUGUGCAUGAUCCGUUUCCUCAGGGACGACCUGGGGAAUGGCUGGCACUCAGUCGCCAGGAUGUACAAUUGGUACUGGUAUCCUGAUCACCCUAAGGGUGUCUACAAGGACGCCCUGUACUCAAGGUACGAAAAGGAAGUACCUAAAGACGAUCGUGGCAAUGCCGGAAUGUUAGGGGCUGAUGACGACUGGGAGGACGAGUCAGAGCAGAACAACGAAGCGACAUGUAUCGUCGAAAACGGUAACACCAUCAACCAGGGAGACGCCAUGGACACGUCCAAAGACGAUGACGAAGCCGAUGACACCCUAGAACAGGGAGACGCCAGCGACACGUCGGAAGAUGAAGAUGAAGACGAAGAGCCACCCGCGCCCCGGCGCCUAGGCGCCCUCACUCUUAUCACUGCCGCGCUUGCGGUCAUCUUGAUCUGA